ACCUAGCUUCCGCCCAAGAAAGUGGCACUUUAUUAAUGGUUUGUCUGUACCCGAGGAAUGUCAUGACAAUACCUACAUUCUGCGAAUUGAAGCUCUUUCAAGAAGAAGUUCUAUACCCUUUCCUGUACACUGUUUACUAGACUGGAAGUAUUUUGAUCACAAGUCUCAAGAAGACGACUAGUUCAGUAUGCCGAGUUCUUGUCAAGAUAUCCGAGCUGCACUGGCACAAUGUCUCCAAGAGUCAGACUGUGUCAUGAUUUAUCGCAAUAAGCCUUCCGAUUGUCUGCGAGCUCCUCUCCUCGAAACUAUGCCCACCAAGUGUCAACAAUUGAAGACAGGCUACGGUGAAUGCAAACGAGGUUUAGUCGACAUGCGCAAACGAUUCAGAGGCAAUCAACCAAUUUCUGUGAGCAAGGAGAUUGAAGGAGGGGGGGAGAGAAACACCGGUGGACAUAUGCUCUAUGCUGGAAAGCCAGCUUUUGAAAGCGGAGUCAAAGAGACGAGCGGAAACGAGCCCGAAGAGAAGGAUUGGAGGCAGUUGGAGAACGAGAGAUACAGAAAGGAGUAAAAGAAACAAAUACCUACUUUCAGGAAGAGGCAUUGGUGUAUCAUGCUAUACAUCCGUUAAAAUUGGGGUUCCAUAUUGCAUUGGAAGGCGUUCAGGCAUUGUAUAUCAAAGGCAUUACGCGAUCAAGGUUGAUUAUCAUAACGAAAUUGUAUUGAGAACCCCGAAAGAACAUGCGUUCAACUCGGGUUAUCGGCCGUGAAAAAAGACUGGCUUCAUCAACAUCGGCCAUACUGGCAAUUGAUCGUAUGCUGCAUGAACGCGAGCAUGCACUUUUUGUUUGCAUCUGUAGUACAGCCGCCUUUGCCACCCUUGCCCAAUCUCUGCAAUCUUAUAUCACGCUGCAAGUUCGGCAAGAGCGGCCCCACGUCGGAUUUCAGAACUGAACAUUUGAAGCACGAGAUACCUAUCGAGAGAAGUUUUUCGGCCAUU